AUUGAAUUUAGAAAUUCUAGCUGAUAUUCAAAAGAGAAAAAUCUCAGACUGCUUUCACUAUUUAUCGAAAAGAAAACUGCUUCCAUUUUCAGUUUCUUUCAAUUCACAAAAACAUUUAGAGUUUUUCUCUUCCAUCUGCAGCAUGUGCGAUUGCAUUUCCUCUACUCCUCUAUCCUUCUCUACCAUCCAGAUACAAAGCUCAGACAAAUCAACUUCAAAACGCUUUCGUACGAUCAAUAUCCGUGGUUCAAGUCCAAAAAUUGGCGGAUUAAAUUUAAUACCCACAAGAGCCGGAAAAAAUUCCAACGAAUUUUACAGUGAAUUAGAGUUUAGAGAGAAAGAAAUAAAAGAAUUGGAGUUGGAAUCGAGAAUGCAAAGUGAUAAGGACACUGAAUCCCCUGAUUUGGAUAUUCUUGAAUUGAAGGAUAGAGUAGAAGAGGAAGAUUUAGUUAGGUUUUAUGACAGGAACGAGAAAAUGGGAUUGAGGAGAGGUAAACAAGUGAUAAGGAGAUCUAAUUUGUUGGCAAAACAAGUGAUCAGUAUUCACUCUGCUCUUAAUUUGGGUUUUGUAUCUCAAAUUUGGGUGGACAUUGCUUCUUGGAUGGUAUUAGUUGUAGAAGUCAGGCCAAACUUGCUUUCUGGGGAAUCAGAGAGACUUCUGCUAGAGGAUGUUAGACGGGUUGGUGAUGUUGUGCUUGUCGAGGAUGAAACUGUGCUGGAGAAUGAAAUAAAAAUGGUUGGCCUUGAAACGUUGGUAGGAUACAGCAUCGUGACACCAGGUCGCCGAUACAUUGGGAAGGUGCGGGGAUACUCUUUCAACGUUAAUUCAGGGGCUGUGGAAUUGCUCGAGCUUGAUUCAUUUGGAAUUUCCAUCAUUCCAUCUAGUUUGGUCAGUACCUAUGCUUUACCUGUAGAGGAUGUCCUUGAAGUUUUAUCAGACACUGUUAUUGUGCAUGAGGCAGCAGCAUCACGAAUACAAAGGUUAACAAAGGGUUUCUGGGACGCACAGAAUGUGGGGUCUUCCAUAGAUGAAAUUGAAGAAUAUUCUGAUAGUGAAUUUUCUGUUAGAUCUGAUCAUGUUCGGAGUACAAGGAGAACCUCUCGCAAUCAGAAAUUCCGCCCAAAAAUUCGAAAAUCUGAGGAUGAUUUGGAGCUUCCAAUGGAUUACUUGUGAUAUACAGGAUUGUGACACUGGGCCUAUCUCAAAACCAUUUUUAUACAUGUAGAUAAACAGAUUUUCUUCGCCCGGUUUGUUCUUAUGCCUAUUCCCAAUAAACCUAAGUUUUUGUGUCCUUAAGUUGUAGAUAGAACAUAAUGCUAGUUUAAGAAAGUUAUCUUAUAUUUGGGUGAAUCUUUUUGUGACUGAAGUCCGUCGUAGAGUAGAAGCAUUCUUCAUUCAAACUACUUUCAACAGCUGUAUUGUAAGUACAAAGUGUUAAAUAGAAGUUAAUAAUCUUCGAACUA